CAACUGUCAAGUAUUCUGUGCAUCAACUGCAUCACAAUAAUUCACAAAUAGUUCCUGUGAAUAGUUCCAAAUUUCCAAAUUCCAAUCUUAGUUUAACUAUUUCAAUCGAUUUUUCAUAAUUAUUGUAAUCAUGCAUGACUUUACGAGUAUAUUAAAUAUCAUAUUUAUUAUAAGUGGUGGUGUUCUUACGUUUGUGAUACUGUUUAUAUUUGCUAAGAGGCAAAUUACAAGGUUUGCACUCCGAUCGAGGAGGGGUCCCCAUGUGCCUAUUGGAGCUGAUGCUAAAAAAUGUUUGAAGAAAGAAAUAGAGCGUAGAAUAGAAGCAGUGCCUCGGAUAAUGUAUGAGCCCCGGUUGCUAUGUGCAGAACCUUCACAUUAUAUAUUGGAGCCCCAACAGCCGUAUCACUAUAGAUUCCGAGCAGUGGAUGAUGUUAAACUUUUGGAGGAAGAAAUUGCCUGCCAGGACACAAACCUCCGUCGGCACCCGCGCGAGUCCCUCCGCGCGUUUCUGCUAGCGUGUCUCGCGGCACCCCUCGACGGCCGCGGCCAGAAGCUCAUACACCAGUUCUGCGAUGCCUACGAGUCGGCCAGACACCAUCCCGCUGAGUUUGGGGAGGAGGAGUAUAGGGCGUAUAAUAGGUUGCUCUUGAAGUUGUUGGAUGCCGCUCGGCUGCUAAAGAGCGUGGGGUGCGUGGGCGGGGUGGGCGCGAGCCCGCAGCGCCGCCCGCGCCUGCUCGACCCCGCGCGCCUGCGCACCACGCUGCCCAGCGCCAACCACUACACUGCGCUAGAGAACAUGCCAGUCGACUCAAAACUAGAAGACGAAAUCAUCAGAGUCCCAGUGAAAAGCCCCACCGAGCCUGUAGUGAAGCCCCCAGCCGAUGAGACUGCUGUCUGAGGGCGGAGCGCCCGCAGGGACGCGCAGACUCUGUAGGGCGGGGCGAAGAGAUGGUGGUGAAGUGAUAGUAGUGAAGUGACAGUUAGUGAUAAAGUGACUGGUAGUAGUAAAGUUACAGGUAGUGAUAAAGUGACAAGGGUAGUGAUAAAGUGACACAAACGGCAGUGAUACUAUGGUAAUGAUAGUGAAAAAUGAAAUUGUGUAGGUGAAAAUGUAUGUGGUAAGGUAUGGAGAUUAUAUAGGUAGUUGGCAUAAUAUAGAAAUUUGUUUUAUAGCAUAAGAUCUGAUAUAGUAAAUUUUUCUCAAUAUUUUUUCCUAUGAAAUUAUGAAUAGUUAUUAUAAAGAUACAGUAGUAGAAGUAGAUUCAUGUUGUUAUAAAGAAGUAUUAAGGAGCUAAUAAUGUAUAACAAUAAUUAUAAUAAUUAUAAUACUUAUACUCUUCCUAGCUUUCCGCCCGCGUCUUUGCUAGCGUGGUCAAAAGAAAAAGUUAAUCGUCAUACUUGUGACAUCUUUAAUAUAGCGCCAUCUGUCGAUAUUUUUAAGUUUCGAAGUAAUUAAAAAACACAUUGUAAUGUUUCUUCACAUGGCAUUGAGAUUUACCGUGAUAAAAGUAGUAUCAGUCUCUAGCCAUUUAACUAUCAUAAAAUCGCAGUGAUAUGAUGUGAAAAAGACAUACAAACACAUGAUCACAUAUUAUAUACCAGCUUUCCACCCGCGGCAUCGCCCGCGCAGUCAAAGAAAAACCCGCAUAGUUCCUGUUCCCGUGGGAUUUCCGUGAUGAA